AGAUUUCUAUGCGGCCAUAUGGAUUUUUUUUUUGGUAAAUAUAGUCAAUAAGAAUCUUGUUACACCUAACUGCUCUGCUAUCAAUGGAACAAGGUCGGUGGCACUAGCCUUAAGCAUGUAAAUUGGGGGAAGAGGAGGAGAAAGAAAUAGGAAGCAUUCAGUGUGGCAGCAAAGCACACAGAGCCUUCUUCUGAAACUUUAUCAAGGCUUGACAAACAUGUCAAGUUCUCCGAGUGGCAGUCCAUCGUCAACCACGAACAACACCACUUUCAAAACGGGAAUCAUCAUGGGAGGCAUAGUGCUCAUUGUGACAGUUUGCUCCAUCACCAAGUGCAUUAUUAAGAAAUCCAGGAUGCAAUCCACUAAUGCACCGACACAGGAAACCAACAGCCAUGAUGCAACUACACCUACUACUUCGAGCAUGGACUCAUUAAACCUUGAAAUGGAAUCAAUGAACAGGUUCCUUGAUGACAUCUUAAAGGAGAAACCCAUGAGAUUUACACCUCAGCAUCUGAAAGAAUUCACCCACAACUAUGAACAAGAACUGGGUUCAGGUGGUUUUGGUGUAGUCUACAAAGGACGGUUCCCUAAUGGGGUUCGGGUGGCAGUUAAGGUCCUUCACGGAACCUUGGACAAGAGAGCUGAGGAGCAGUUCAUGGCAGAAAUUGGUACAGUUGGCAGGACUUACCACAUCAAUCUGGUUAGGCUCUAUGGAUUUUGCUUUGAAACAACGGUCAAAGCCCUAGUGUACGAAUACAUGGAGAAUGGAUCACUCGACCGAUACUUGUUCAAUGGAAAUCAAGGCAUUGAAUGGGAGAAGCAACAUGAGAUAGCAAUUGGGACUGCUAAGGGAAUUAGGUACUUGCAUGAAGAGUGCGAGAAAAGGAUAAUACAUUAUGACAUAAAGCCAGGCAAUGUUCUUCUCACAGCAAACUUCUCUCCCAAGGUCGCUGAUUUUGGAUUGGCAAAGCUCUGCAACAGAGAGAGCACUCAUGUGAUUAUUACAAGAGCUCGGGGCACACCUGGCUAUGCGGCACCUGAGCUAUGGUUGCCAUUCCCUGUGACUCACAAGUGUGAUGUCUACAGCUUUGGGAUGCUUCUGUUUGAGAUAUUGGGACAGAGGAGGAAUCUUGAAUUGAAGCACACUGAGAGCCAGGAAUGGUACCCAAGAUGGGUUUGGCAGAAGUUCGAAAAGGGGCAAUUGGAUGUCGUAUUAUCAGUCUCUAGAAUAGAAGCAAAGGAUAGAGCAAAGGCUGAGAGAAUGUUUAAAGUGGCAUUAUGGUGCAUUCAGUAUGAACCAGAAGAAAGACCUUCAAUGGGUAGUGUGGUGAGGAUACUGGAGGGGGAAGAGGAAAUUAUUGCACCUAGAAACCCAUUUGCACACAUGGCUCCAUACGGUGCAGGUUCGGCUCUGUCUAGUGAGAAUACAAGCUAUUUGUCUGGUUAAAGAACCACAGAAAUCUUUAGGGGGUAUGCCAGAAUUUGCAUGAAAAGCUAAGUACAUUCAACAAUCCUAAUGGUACUCGAUGUUUCAAAAAAAUGUCAGAUUUUUCUAAAAAAAAAAUGAUAAAAGGUCUAUUACUUUGCUUUGAUUGAUGUGUAGCAACCAGUUGUUUUCUAAAAUAGCUACAUUCAUGUGUAAUAAAUCAUGUUAAUUAAUUUGGUUUUCA